AUGACGCAGCCCUUCUCUCCAUUACCUCCUGGAGCCGCCCUGGAGCGUGGCCAGGAGCUCCAUUACCGGCCUGCGGGUCCCGGUGCCACCCGUGCUGCGGGCAGGCAGCGCCCGCGCGGCUCCGCGGGCAGAGAGGCGGCGAGGAGCUGCCCUCGGGACGGAGCCGAGCGUCCUGCUUCUGGGCUGGGCACGGAGCCGGGGGUCCCGGGGUGGUCUCGGGGAUGCGGCGGUGCCAGCGUGGCGUGCCUGCCCCUAGGUGCAGCCAGCGGCCUGGAGGUCUCCAUGCCGGAGGUGGUCGAAGCGGAGAGCGAGUCCACGGCCAGGAUCGAGUGCAGCUUCUCCAUCCCGGGGAACGGCUCCUACAGCUACAUCGACUGGUUCUACGUGGAUCGCAGCAGCCGGGUGAAGCUGCUGCGCGUCGCGGGCGGCGAGGUGCUGGAGGAGGAGACGAGCUACAAGGGGCGGCUGGCGGUGGGCGAGGACAAGGCCCUGUCCAUCAGCAAGGUGACCCUGCAGGACGCCAGGACCUUCGUGUGCCAGGUCGGGGCGGGCAGCCAGGGCGUGGGCGAGAACCACACCGAGCUCCACGUCUACAAGGUCCCCGAGACCCCUGAGAUCGAGGCCAGCUCCGCCGGCAUCCCCGUGCACAGCAGCACCACCCCGCAGAUCGCCCAGUGCGUGAGCGAGAACAGCUUCCCACCGGCCAACAUCACCUGGUACAAGAACGGGGAGCAGCUGCAGCCCGAGGAGAACAAGGUGAAGAUCCUGGCCACGCUGACCCGCAAGUCGAGCGGGCUGUACACGGUGAGCAGCAGCCUCUUCGCCGUGGUCACGCGGGAGGACCGCAGCUCCUUGUUCCACUGCGCCGUGCACUACUGGCUGCGGGGACAGAGGCGCUCCAAGGAUUCCCGGCGGGUCAACAUCACCGUCUUCUACCCCACGCAGCACGUGGAGCUGCACAUCGUGCCCGCGCCGGCGCUGGUGAAGGAGGGCGACGACGUGAAGCUGGUGUGCGAGGCCGACGGCAACCCGGCGCCCGUCUUCAGCUUCUACAAGAAAGUGCCGGAGGAGUGGCAGGACGUGACGUCCCUGGCCGACACCAGCAGCGGGGUGCUGAGCCUGCACGGCGUCAACAAGAGCAGCAGCGGCCUGUACAGGUGCCAGAUCCUGGACCUGGAUGACAUGACGCAGAUGGAGAAGGACGUGGAGCUCGUCGUGAACUACAUCGAAGGGGUCCGCGUGCAGAUGGAGCCCUCCUCGCCCCUGCACGAAGGGGACAGCGUGAGGCUGAGCUGCAGCGCCCACAGCCCCGUGGACCUGGACUUCCAGUGGAGGGACGAGAGGGGCAGGAAGGUGGCGGAGGGGAACCAGCUCCUCCUGAGGAACCUCACCUUCGAAACCUCCAGCAACUUCAGCUGCCGGGUGGUCGCUCGCAGCGUGCCGGGGCUGGAGCAGAGCAAGCAGGUGGCCGUGGCCGUUCAGGGGAAGCCGCGCAUCGUGGCCAUCAGCUCCCCGCUGUACGUGCGGCAGGACGAGGUGGUGAACCUCACCUGCAAGGCCAUCGCCUUCCCCCGGCCCUCCGUCCGCUGGAGCAUCAACGGGACGGCCCACGAGUACGUGGAGAACCAGCACGUCGCCAGCAACCUGACGGUGCGCGUGAGCCACGACCUGCUGCGGGCGGGGGCCAUGUGCAGGGUGUCCAACGCGCUGGGGGUCAGCGAGAAGCACAUCCAGCUGCUGGAUGAAAAGACCUCGGAGAGCAAAGGCGUGAUCAUCGUGGCCAUCAUCGUCUGCAUCCUGGUGGUGGCCGUGCUGGGCUCCGUCAUCUACUUCUUGCACAAGAAAGGCAAGAUCCCCUGUGGCCGCGCCGGCAAGCAGGACAUCACAAAGCCAGAGGCACGUAAAGACAAGAAUGUAGUUGAAGUUAAGUCAGAUAAACUCGCCGAAGAGGCCGGGCUCCUGCAGGGCACUAACGGCGAGAGGAGACCUGCCGCUGACCAGAGCGAGAAAUACAUCGAUCUGAGGAACUAGCCGGGGGAUCUCCCAAGUGCUUUCUCCCUUCGCCCCACCCCUGCUCUCGGAUUGCCUUCUCCAAACCCCUGCUCCAGCCCCCGGGGGAGCGCGGCCGGAGGCGAAACCCCGCGGGGGCGCCCCCCGGGGACCCCCCCCCCUCCGUUACCUCAACCGCGGGUUGUCGGCUUGGCAGCAGCGAAGCUGGACUUGCUUACGUGCUACGGAGAAGCCAACAGCAAUACUCGGAAGAAAUCCCCCCCCCCCCGAGCUGCCCCAGGGAAGGGGCCGAGGCUUCUUCGGGAAAUCCGGCGCGCGGGGGAAGGUUUUGUCGCGUUUUCUCCCCAAAUUUGCUCAGAAAAGCUGGCGGCAUUUUUUGCUUUUUCGCGGCGGGGCGGCGCGGGCAGCUCAGGGGUUGGGGUUUG